GCAAAGGAUUGACACCUAAAUUAACCCUAAUCCCUUUAUCUCUAUCGCCACUCUUCCUCUCCAUCACCUCUCCUGCCCGCGUUGGAGGUUUCACUCGAAGACCGAUUGGGUAAACGAGGUUUAGCCCUUGAAGAUCAAAUAAUGGUGAAGAAGAGCAAGAAGAGUAAGAGUAAGAGGGUGUCACUGAAAAAGAAGUAUAAGGUAAUAAGGAAGGUAAAGGAACACCACAGGAAGAAGGCAAAGGAAGCAAAGAAACUUGGGUUGAACCGGAAGCGCAAGGUUGAGAAGGAUCCUGGCAUCCCAAAUGACUGGCCUUUCAAGGAACAGGAGCUCAAGGCACUCGAGGCUCGAAGAGCUCGUGCUUUAGAAGAGUUGGAACAGAAGAAAGCUGCUAGGAAAGAAAGGGCUCAGAAGAGAAAAUUGGGGUUACUUGACAAUGAUGAUCUUGGAAACUUGGCUGCCAGUGCUUCUGCCAAGGAUGAUGAGUUCUCAAAUAGAAGUGCUGUUGAGGAAACCUUGGCUGCACAUAAAAGUCAUGACCAUUCUGAAAGAGCUUUCUACAAGGAGUUGGUCAAAGUUGUUGAAGCAUCAGAUGUAAUUUUGGAGGUUCUUGAUGCAAGAGAUCCCUUUGGUACACGGUGUGUUGAUAUGGAAAAGAUGAUCUUAAAGUCUGAUCCAAAUAAGCGGCUUAUUCUGCUUUUGAAUAAGAUAGAUCUUGUUCCUCGGGAGGCAUUAGAAAAAUGGCUCAACUAUUUCCGAGAAGAGUUACCAACAGUUGCUUUUAAGUGUAGCACUCAAGAGCAGAGAUCACAUUUAGGGUGGAAAUCUACCUCCAAAGCAUCCAAAAAGAGUGAUAUGCUUCAAACAAGUGAUUGUCUUGGAGCUGAAACUCUGAUAAAAUUGUUGAAGAAUUAUUCUCGAAGCCAUGAGCUCAAAGUAUCAAUUACUGUGGGCAUAGUUGGGCUGCCAAAUGUUGGUAAGAGUAGUCUGAUUAACAGCUUGAAAAGGUCUCAUGUGGUCAAUGUUGGGGCUACUCCUGGGUUGACUCGAUCAAUGCAAGAAGUUCAUUUAGAUAAGAAUGUGAAGCUAUUGGACUGCCCUGGAGUUGUAAUGCUCAAGUCUAGUGAUGAUGAUGCAUCAAUUGCUCUUCGAAAUUGUAAGAGAAUCGAGAAGUUAGAAGACCUUGUUGGCCCAGUUAAGAAGAUAUUAGACCUUUGUCCUGCUGAAAGGUUGAUGUCAUUUUACAAGUUGCCGAGCUUUAGCUCUGUUGAUGACUUCCUUUAUAAGGUUGCUACUUUGAGGGGAAAACUAAAAAAAGGUGGUAUUGUGGAUGUUGAAGCUGCUGCAAGGAUUGUUCUUCAUGACUGGAAUGAGGGAAAAAUUCCAUAUUACACAUUGCCUCCGGUACGAAAUCAAGUAGAUAAUGCUGAGGCAGUAGUUGUUUCUGAGUUUGGGAAAGAAUUUAAUGUUGAUGAUGUUUACAAGACUGAAUCUUCAUUCAUUGGAACCCUUCCAUCUGUUGAACACUUUAAUCAUGUUGAAGUUCCUCCAUCAUCACCACCAAAUUUUGAUGAACAGAUGAAGGAUGAGGGUGCUGUGGAGCAAAAUGAAGUGAUUCAGAAUGAUGAGUCCAUGGCAAGCGAUUCUAAAAGAUCUUGAGGAACAAAACAAAAUACCUCUAACCGACAAAACGACAAACUAUACACUGCAGAAGGUAUUCUCGAUCCAUGCAAGCGAAGAGCAGAGAAGAAAAGGCGAAAAGCACAAAAGUUGAAUUCCACUAAUGAUAUGGACACAGACUAUGAUUUUAAGGUAGACUAUCGAAAACAAAUCGAUGAAGCUGAUAAUGAAGAUAGUGAUGAAGAAUAUGAAGGCAACAAUGCCGCCCCAAUGGCCGGAAUGGAGCUUGAGUAGAGAAACAAAUACGUAAAAUGCACUAUAAAAACAUAAUUGAACACAUUUAUUUAAUUUGUCAAAGUUCUACUUCCAUGGUUUUGGUUUUUUCUUGGAAGAGCACUUGUUUUCAGUAGUGUUUGUUUAAAAUCUUAAGACAAGAAUGAUCUUGCAUUGUAGCAGCAACCUUGAGAUUGAAAUGAAAAUUCAUAAGCUUUCAGUUAUGAGCAUUGAGUUUUGUCAUU